AAGAAUCCAAAAGCGGAGGGUAUCACAUUUUGUGCGGAUACUUUAUCUUUUCCUUUUGUUUUUUCCAUUUCUAUUCCUUCUCUCGUUUGGAGAUUCCAACAGAUGGAUUGAGCAUCACGGUAUUGUGAGUGGGUUGUGGUUGUUUUUUGUCUGGAUUCCAGUUGGGGUUCUUAACAUUUCUCAAAUCUCUUUCUGCGCUUGUCUGGAGAUUUUUGUGGCUGAUAGGUGGUUUCUGCAAUCGGAUUAGGACAGUUAUGGAAAUCAAAUCUUACCAAGACCAAGCUGAGUUACUGGUGAGGGACUACUUGCUAGCUCAUCCUUAUAUCCCGUUCACUUCUGUCCUUGGUGGCAUAUUUGCUUGCAAACUGGCCUUCGACCUUACCCAGUUGAUUAGUUCGUGUUACUUCAGGAGCUUUGCGGCUCUUACAAAAAUCCAGCGGAUUGAGUGGAACAAUAGGGGUAUGUCCACUCUUCAUGCCAUUUUUAUCACGAUAAUGUCAUUAUACUUUGUGAUUUUCUCAGAUCUCUUUUCUGAACAUAGACUUGCUGGCCUAAUUACAUUCCGAAGUUCACCUCUCUCUACUUUUGUACUGGGGGUUUCUGCUGGAUAUUUCCUUGUGGACCUUGGAAUUCUAUUUUGGUUAUAUCCUUCACUUGGUGGAAUGGAGUAUGUUCUCCAUCAUCUUGUUUCUCUAGUUGCAGUAGCUUAUUCUAUGUUGUCUGGCGAGGGGCAGCUUUACACCUACAUGGUUCUCAUCUCUGAGGCGACAACCCCAACAAUCAAUUUGAGAUGGUAUCUUAGCACUGCUGGCAUGAAGAGGUCCAGGGUGUACCUCAUUAAUGGGGUUGCAAUAUUCUUUUCUUGGCUGGUUGCAAGAGUUCUCCUGUUCAUUUACCUAUUUUACCAUGUCUACUUGCAUUCUUAUCAGGUAAUCCAGAUGCAACCAUUCAUUCGUUUCAUGGUAUUCGGGGUGCCAUCAAUGCUAUUUAUUAUGAAUUUAUUGUGGUUCGCAAAGAUUGUCAAAGGAUUGAAGAAGACAUUGGCAAAGAGGCAGUGAAUGAUAUACAUGCAUGUAUUGUUCGGUUGUACCGGUCCUGUGCAAUGUCUUUUCCUUUUCUUUUUUCUUUUUUUAAACCUGUGUAAAUGAUAGAAGGAAAGGAGAAGGGGGGGGGGGUUAACUUUUAGUUAGAUGGUACAACUAGGGACUAUGGUUUCUGAUUCAUUGUGAAUUCAAAAUGUUGUAAAGUAAUUGAAUAAUAUAAUCUUUUUUGUUACAAGUAUCCUUUCGAGUGUAUAAAUGGAUUACGACCAUUGAUUA